AGCGAGUGGAAUGUUGAUACAUUGUUGUUGUUUUGUAGCCGAUCGGGAGUUCUGAGACGGCUCGGGCCGAGCGCUGGCAGGUCUGUCCCGGUGGAACCAACCCCAGCUCGUCCGCGGACACCGCGAGGCGUCCCUGCGCGAUCCCGACACACACGGUCCGCGCUCACAAGUAGCAUUUCGGUGGGAUCCAGUUGAAGUCAUACAGGGUAUGACGACUAAUUUCAAAGCGAGCAAAGCUUUAAAGGUAAAGAAGGAGGCGGGUGAGAAUGCCCCGGCGCUCAGCGACGACGACCUGGUCUCGAUGUCGGUGCGCGAGCUCAACCAGCACCUGCGCGGCCUGACCAAGGAGGACGUCGUCCGGCUGAAGCAGCGGCGGCGCACCCUGAAGAACCGGGGCUACGCCGCCAGCUGCCGCAUCAAGCGGGUGACCCAGAAGGAGGAGCUGGAGCGCCAGAAGUCGGAGCUGCAGCAGGAGGUGGACAAGCUGGCGCGGGAGAACGCCAGCAUGAAGCUGGAGCUGGACGCCCUGCGCUCCAAGUACGAGGCGCUGCAGAACUUCGCCCGGACCGUCACCCGAGGGCCUCUGUCCCCCGCCAAGGUGGCCACCACCAGCGUCAUCACCAUCGUGAAGUCGAGCAACCACAGUGCAAACUCGGCCCCCUUCUCUGCCCCCUCCUAGUGCCGGCAGGGGGGGCCAGCCCGCGAGCUGUGUCACUGUGCGCCACUCUGCCCUCAGAUCUCCAGGCUCUCACAGAAACCCCCAUGUGCCUCAGCCCUCGAUGGAGACCUAGCAAAGCACUUAAGGAAAAAUUAAAAUGGCAAAAAGACUGGUCGAACAAACUCCACUUCUUUUGGCGUCUUUGCUCUUGCAAGCUGAAAACGCAGCUAUUGUUUGGAGACCCGGGGUGAGGUUCUUUGGUAGAUUACAGUAGGCAAAAAUGCCAAUAAAUGAGACCCUGUCCUGACAAUAGCGAUUCCUAUCUGAUGAGACCCGGAAAACAUGUUAUUCAAAGACUGUAAGAACAGCAGUCGUAUAAUUAAUCCUAACAGCUAUGAAAUUGCAAAGUGUAAUUCAUACUGAGACUCAUUAAAAACACAACAAACGCUCGUUUGUUGCAUUUUUAAUGCCCCUCGGUAUAUUAAAGUUGGAUAGCCUGAGGUCUACAGAGCUUUGUGUCACCCAAGUAAAUUUGAGGAAAAAAAGCUGGGCUUCAUUAAAGCUUUAUUAUCUGAUGCCUGGUUGCUGCUGGAUGAUUAAAAUGAUAAGUUAUUAUUCUUUGAAAGGCUCUUACUGUCUUACUGUAAAAUGCCAUAGUAGAAAUUAAAACUUAGCACUUGUGUAGAACUUAUUUUUUAAUAUAGCUUGUAGAUAAAAACCGAUACCAAGAGGAUGCCUUUCGCAACUCAUGUGUUUAACUAGACCUAUUCAGGAUCUGAGUUUCUAAUCAGAAUUAAUGUCUAGAUGAUGAUGAUUAUAAUUCAAUAUAAUGUAUUUUUAUAUGUUCAGAUCAUUUUUACAGAUAAUGAUGGGCUAUGGAAUGCAUCGUUUGCUGUACUUUAUCUUAAGCACAUGGUUUUGUAUGAUCUUGAUUGUUUUCCUGAAGCCUUUUUGCUAUCGAUACCAUAUUUAGUGGUAGGUAAUCCAUAUUGGAUAUGAGAUAAGGGGAGAUGCCUUGACAAAAAAUGCAAUGUGAUUAUUUCCUGUAUAUUACAGAUUUUAAAUACUUCCUUUCAAGUUUCAACAGGAAAAAAAAAUCCUAAAUGCAGUUUUCUCCCUAAGUGUGAAAAAUUCUGUCCUCCAUUCCUACCGCUUUGUUACCUUGAAGUGACGCUGCCGGCGUGGGUACACUUCAUACGAUGCAUUUUGUAUGGUCAUACUUUCACAUUUUGACACGAACAUUAGGGUAAGGAAAAUCCUUAAGGGUGAACUCCAGUGCGCAAGAAUUUAAAUGGGAAAUGGUCUCUGUGAAUAACAAAACAGAGGUGGUCAUAGACCUUCUUUUCAAAUAUUCUGGACAUUUACAGGCCCUCUGUGAAAAUGCAGGGUAGUCCAUUUAGACAACUGAGCAUCGCAGGAGCAAACACAGUUUAGUUUUGUCACUAGUCCAAGUUCCCAUGAUACUAGUGUGUCAGCUGGUUUUGCAUCCAGCGGAGCUCUUCAUUACUUAAUUGAACUUAUAAUUUUAAGAUUUAGAAUGAUAUAUUUUGCUUUAAGCUCCUAGUCUGCAAACAACUUUGAGUGCUGCUUAUUGUAGCUGAAAAUGAUGCAGAAUAUCUAUUUAAGAAAUGUUCUGACUCAGUCCAUUUCAGUCUUAAUGAAUUUAUAUUGAAUACAAAGGCUUAAUGAAGUAACAGGGGCAGCAUGGUGGUACAGUGUUUCGCAUUGGCUGCCUUGCAGCACUGGGGCCCUGUGUUCAGUCAGGAGGUGCUGUCUGUGUGGAGUUUGUAUGUUCUCCCUCUGUUUGUGUGGAUUUCCUCCCGCAGUUCAAAGACAAGCUGGCAGGUAAACUGGCCCCUUUAGUAGACAUUUGAAAUAGUCCACAAAACCUGUGCAUUCAAAAGCAAUUUUGCAUAAUCCAAAAAUCGCCGCCAUCUAAGAACCUGGGUCUUGUACAGGCGCCCCCUCCCAGUGAUUGCUCCUGCGGAUUAACUGCAGGGCGCAGGAGUGAGAACUGGAGUUGGCUCGAUGAGGAGUUCUUUCUUACCCAGUGGACACGACUGUGUUUCCCCAUCACAGGACCCUUCUCUGCUUUAGUGUGGGGAGACUUUGCUGCUGUAUGGCCAAUUGUGUAACUAAGUAAGGUCAUUGCUGUGCUCUUAUUAUUUUACAUUCUCAUAUUAAUUUUUGUAUUUAGUUUAUAGUUCUGUUUAACGUGCUCCAGGGCAUGAAAUAACGUGGGAGUGGUCAGAUCUUGAUGUUAACUCCACAAGUAAUUACAGAGAUUCUUGUUUAACAGUUUUUUUUUUUAAGGUUAGUUAUUUGUCAUGUGUUUCUUUGUGGGAAUCACUGCUGUGUACUAUGUGAGCCCAUUCUGCUGAAGGUGUUCAUCACAAAUAAAGCACCAGUGUAGUUUUAACUCAGACAUAUACUAUACUCCCAGAAGCUGAUGACACUUUUGCUUAGUCAAUUAAGUGAUUAGGUCCUAAAGGUUGAUGGAAAUUUCCAAAUGGUAGUGUGUGUACAGACUUACAGAAGCAUCAGCAUUCUGUAAUUUAAAUGUGUUAAACUUAAACUUCUAAACAAAUACCGGCUAAUACACUGAGAAAAGGUAUUACUGGAAAAUUAGGUUAAUAUAUAGUAUUUAUUAUUAUACUUAGUAGUGGAUAACUGUUUUCUGAUAAAAUAUACCAAUACUUCAAUACAAAAAAUAUUUUUUUAAUGACAACACUUUGAAGAAAUCCUUUUUUAUAUUCCUUUUUAUAGUUAGUGCUAAGGAUUAUGGCUGUAUUAUACUGUAAGGCUGGGAAAAAAGGGACACGUUGUAUUUUGAAGUAAAAUGAUUUGCGUCUGUAGAGUGUAAUCACUUUAAAAAAUCUUAACGUCAAUUAGUAAUGUGUGGUGUAAUUUUUCUAGCAUCAGCAAUGAAAUGGCAGCUCAGCACACCGAUGGCAGUAUAUAAAGAAGUAAUCUGGUGCAAAUAAUUCUGCACUUUUUUUUGGGCUUCUUUGAAAAUAGGUUAAAGGGAUUUGUUAUAGGUAUUUGAGGACAGUCGGGCAUUUACAGUACAAUCUCUUUUUUUAAAACCUAGGACUUUCGUAAAAGCUGUUCCCACUAGCUUGUUUUGUAGAGAAUUAAACCCACAAUGACCCUAAGAGAAGAUUUGUUUUUGUAUGAACACACAAAGUGUAACAUUGUAACUUACUGAUAUUGACAAAUGAUUACAUGUUAUCAUUCGACGAAGCAGGUGUAUUUGUACCUCUUACGGUCUCCUGAUUGUUUUUUCAUAUUGUAAAAUUCAUGGUAGGACAUUUUAUAUGUUGUUAGAAUUCUCUAAAUGGCAUGGCUGUGUGCCACAAUUACUACUGUACAUAGUUCUAGAUGUUUGGCUGGCUCUUAACCUCAGCAAACAAAAACAAAUCUUGUAAUUAAGUAUCCCUUUUUCUAGACAUUACUGACACCAAGUGGUAAUAUUAAAUAGUUUCUUUUACUGCUUGAAAAAUUCAAAACUCGACAUUGAAAUCACCAGGUGCGUACUACGUUUUGACUAAGACCAAGUUAAUGAUUAGAUUCAGAUAAGAUGGCGACAGAACUUCAAGUUAAAAAAAGAACAGACGCUAUCGUGCCAUAGAAAGACACCUUUUCUGCCAAGUUUUAGGUUGCGAGGUUCAGUGAUGAGAACUGUACUCUUGUAGUGGAUAAUUUCAGCUGUACACAUGUGCACUAGUUGUAAUGAUGUUCAAGAAGUUUUAGAACGCCAAGCUUGAGGGCAGAUGCACUCUUUUAAUUGACGGUGGUAUCAUUUUGAAAGGUUACAUGGACAAAAAGUACCCUCAGCUCAUUACCAGAUAUAUUUUUCUGUGUAUAUUAAUCAUGGAGACUUGAGGUAGUGUUCUUGUACAGUGUUUUUGCAUUUGCAUCCAGUAACAUAAUGCAGAGUGCCACACGCACACAACUCACUGGCGUGUUAAUCUCAAAAAGAGCGUGCACAACUGAGAAAUAACCCAGAAUGGACCUUUCGCAUGAAGUUGUUUGAGUCCACGGAGAAAAAGAUGGAACUGGAAACGGAAUGGCAGAAAACAGUGGAAAAGGUAGAAACAGAAUAGGACAUUUCUACUCUGUUGCAUACAGUAUCUAUGUUUUAAGUAUGUGUGCGUAUGUAGGCAAUGUUUCCUUUGUGUGGUGCUACCUAGACUUGUUUCAUUUGUUAUGGAAUAAGCAAAAAGAAAGUUAUUGGGUUGAAUGUGUUAUCUGUCAAAAUUGGUACUGUGUUAAAGAAAAUAUCAUUUGUUACAUACUGUAAAAAUCACAUUUUGGUCCUGAAUUUGUGCAUUUGGGCUGAUACGAGUUAUUCAGUUUCUUAUAUUAAGGUAUAACCAGCUCUCAAGUAUUUUUCAUAUACUCACUUGACACAAAAAGCUCAACUGGGAGUAAUUCUUCACAAAUAUUUACAAAAACUUUACUUCUGAACUCUAAGAGCUAUGAAGUAUAGAACCUAAUUCUCUUGGAUAAUAUUAAAGAACAAAUCUCACAUUGGGUGAAAACACUAGAAUUGAAAUAUUUCCUGCAAAUUAUGUUGCAAGGGGUUGUAUUUGAGGUGUGUAUACAUAUGUAUAUCUGAUUAAUUGUUCAUAUUAAAAGAUGCAAAAACCGUGUCUUUGUAAGCUUGAUAAAAGUCUGCAAUUAUCUUUCACAAAUUAUGCUUCCUCUCCUGGCAAGUUAUUUUCCUCCUGCAGGAGAAUUUUAACCAACUUCAGUGUCGCUGCUUCUGAAAUGAAUUAACAGUCUGUAUCCAGAUUAAUUCUCAACCCAAACAUGUUACACUAUUUUCCAAACGUUUAUACAUUUUAAGUUAAAAAAAGUUGAGCAAUUGAGUCCUAUUUUUACUGUGUCUAAAUACUAGACAUCUGAAGAGUAAGGAGUUCAAGACAGAAGAUAAUAGGAAUGUGAUUUUUAUCACUAAAUUUUUCAAAGAUAUAUUUCGAAGAUCAAUAUACAGGUCUGUAAAAUUACAAAUGUUACAUAAAUUCCAGAGAUUUUAUCUGUCCAAAUGCCAAUUCCAGACAGUAGUGGACUCUUAACAGCAUUAUGAGUGGUAAUAACAUUUAAGAGGUUAAUGACAUUGAACACUUGCAGAAUACAAGACAAAACAUUGUAAUCUGAUUUUUUUUUACUUCAGUUACUCUGUUUAUAUGUAUUUUAUUUGUACUUCAGUAUUUAUUGUUCCUGUUAUGUUUUAUUUUUUUAAUAUAAAUUAUUGGAUUUUAUUUACAUUAAUUUUGGAUAGUAAUGACUGUACCCUCAUGUACAUAUAGAAUGUUUUCUCUUUUUCAAGAUCUGACCGAAAAUAAGGAAGUAAUUUAUUGCUGUAUAUAAGAGUCUGCUGUGCCCGUUUUUUACUUUUCAAUAAAGCAUUUUUGUCAUGGGGAAAAAAGGC